UGACAUUUUUAGAUGUGUUGUGUUUUGACUUUGACGUUUUGUUAAUUUUGUAAGCAAAAUUGUGAUAAUAUUCAUCGUAUUCGUGAAAAUUAAAGAAGAGCUCUUUAUUUGGGUAUUUACUCAUCCAACAAUUACAACUUUACUGCUUUAAAGGCUAAAAAAUGGGUGAACGCAAAGGCCAGAACCUUUACUAUCCCCCCGACUAUGACCCUAAGGUCGGGGGGUUGAACAAAUUCAUGGGGACCCAUGCAUUGAGGGAGAGAGCCAGGAAACUGCACAUGGGUAUCCUGAUCAUUCGUUUUGAGAUGCCGUACAACAUCUGGUGUGAGGGUUGCAACAACCACAUUGGCAUGGGAGUAAGGUAUAAUGCUGAGAAGACAAAGAUUGGCAUGUAUUAUACAACCCCGGUUUAUCAGUUCCGGAUGAAGUGUCACUUGUGUGAUAAUCAUUUUGAAAUCAAAACUGAUCCAGGUAAUUUAGACUAUGUAAUAGUAUCAGGAGCCAGACGGCAAGAGAACCGUUGGGACCCCACUGAAAAUGGGCAGAUUGUUCCGGAAACUAAAGAGACACAGAAGAAGCUGUUUGACGAUGCCAUGUUCAGGUUGGAACACAAGACUGGUGAUGAGGAUGCAGCUAAGCUUGAUAAACCGAGGCUUGGAAGACUGGUGGGCAGGAAUGAAUCAGUGUGGAAAGACGAUUAUGAAGCUAACUGCUCUUUAAGAAGGAAUUUUAGGAAAAGAAGAAAAGAACUGGAAGAAGCGUCAGUCAAUGACAGUCUACUACUAGCCAAAUCAUCGCUGGACAUAAAUCUUCUACCAGAAAAUGAUGAUGACAAAAACAUGGCCUCCCUCCUUUCACUGCGACCUUCAAGAAGUAUCGAGGAGUCUCAAAAUCAAACGAGGAAUAAGAUCCUGAACAUGCCAGCUUUACCAAGUUCUAGCGGAUUGCUGACCAGCUUUGGAGGUCUGAAGAGAGAAGAAUCAUUGAGUAAGAGUUCUAUGUUAACUAGACAUUCUUUAGGUAUCACUUUUAAGAAGAGUAGAGUAGAUAAUAGUUUGGAUAAGGCUAAAGAUAAAAUAAGUGAAGUUAAUGAUAAAAGUGAAGUUGAAGAUAAAAUUGAGGUUGAGGAUAAAACUGAUGUUGAGGAUAAGAGUGCAAUAGAAGAAACAAUUGUUAAAGAUGAAAACAAGGAGGAUUUUGAAAAUGUUCAAGUUAAUGAUAAUAUUGUAAAAGAUGAAAAAGUUGAAAUAAGUGGACCUAAAAUUGAAAAAUCUGAAAAUUUUGAACCAGAAUAUGAAGAAAAAUAUACAAUAGCUGAUACAGAAGAUGAAAUAAAUGUUCCUAAAAUUGAAAAAUCAGAGAAUUUAGAAACGGAAUAUGAAGAAAAAUAUACUAAAGCUGAUAUAGAAGAUGAAAUAAAGAAUGUUUUUGAAAAUACUACUGAUGAUAAAGAAGAAGUAAAAUGUAAGAAGAUAUCUUUAGUUUGUGAUUAUAGCUCUAGUGGAGAAGGCUCUGAUGGUUAGCUAGCUUUUUUUAAUUUCACUGCAUUUUGAAAGCAGAGUUAUAAAAUGCUUAGACCCUAAUUAAACGUAUGGCCUAUUUGAAUGGAUGAAAGUGUGUUAGAAGGCACAAAAAUAUAAAUGAAUAUGAGUGAUUAUGUUAAAAUCAUUUAAUCAAAUUAUUAAAUGAUUCGACGAGAAUUAUCAUUGAAUCAAAAUCAGCACUUUAAAUGUAUGAAAAGUACAAAGAAAAUGUCCUAAACGCCUGCCCUAUACCACUCCCCAUGUGGGAAGAAAAAGUGACUGCCUGUUUGGUUUGAAGCACCUUCAAACUAACUUGUUUGAGUAAAUGUUUUGUUAGUAUGAUAUUACUUUUUUUCCUACUUUGUAAUAUGAGCACUGGUUACAAUAUAAUGAAAUGUUAUCAAUACUUUAUAAUCUACAAUUCGUGUAAUCAGAGCACCUGUUAAUACUAAAAGUAUAAAUUACAGAUGAAAUUGUAUACAAAAAGGAUAUAUUUAUUGAAAUAAAAUACCAAAUUUCAGAUUGA